CUUUCAGUUCAUUUGGACUAGGCUACAGAAGUUUCUACUGUUGGAUCUAGUUAAUGAUGUUUUUACAAGGAGGGGAGGAGUUCAUGUUCACAUACACAGGUCUGCUUUGUGACCUGAAAGCUCAGAGCAAACAUUCUGCUGAUGCAAACUGAGGGACAAUGGCUAACUCAAAGGCUCACUUGUUUCUGGAGAACUAUAUCGGGGGCCAAUUUGUCUCUUCCUCAUCCUACUUAGAUUCAUAUGACCCAUCCACAGGCGAAGUAUAUUGCAAGGUGCCAGACAGUGGCCAGGAAGAGAUAGAGGCUGCUGUCAAGGCUGCAAAAAGUGCUUUUCCAGAAUGGUCUUCCAGAAGUCCCCAGGAAAGGUCAAAACUAAUGAGCAAGCUAGCAGAUCUUAUUGAAGAAGAUCUGGAAUCAUUUGCACAAGCAGAAUCCAAGGAUCAAGGGAAAACUAUAACAUUUGCUAGAACAGUGGACAUCCCUCGGGCUGCUUACAAUUUCCGUUUCUUUUCAUCAUCCAUCCUUCACCAAACAUCAGAAUGUACACAGAUGGACCAUAUGGGUUGCAUGCAUUAUACUGAGAGAACACCAGUGGGAAUUGCUGGCUUAAUUAGUCCUUGGAACUUACCGCUUUACUUGUUGACUUGGAAAAUUGCCCCAGCCAUUGCAUGUGGAAACACAGUCAUUGCAAAACCCAGUGAAAUGACAUCUGUCACUGCUUGGAUGAUGUGCAAACUUCUUAACAAAGCAGGGUUUCCUCCUGGUGUUGUGAACAUUGUGUUUGGAAGUGGUCCCAAAGCUGGAGAUGCUCUCGUUUCCCAUCCUGAAGUGUCACUAAUUUCCUUCACUGGAAGCACCCUCACUGGUCAACGCAUCAUUGAAAGGAGUGCUCCAUAUUGUAAGAAGCUGUCCUUGGAGCUUGGAGGCAAAAAUCCAGCAAUCAUCUUUGAAGAUGCCAAUUUGGAUAAAUGUGUUCCUGAUUCUGUAAGAUCCAGCUUUGCUAAUCAGGGUGAAAUAUGCCUGUGCACCAGCAGAAUCUUUGUGCAGAGAAGCAUUUACAAAGAAUUUUUGAGAAGAUUUGUGGAAGCUGUCAAAAAGUGGAGGGUUGGAAGUCCUGCAGAUUCCACAGUUGACAUGGGAGCGCUGAUAAGUAAAGAACAUUUAGCAAAGGUAAAGAGCUACAUUAAAAAAGCACAGGAAGAAGGAGCUAAGAUCCUGUGGGGAGAAGGAAUCGAUAGCUUGGUGCUUCCUACAAAGAAUCAGAACGGUUAUUUCUUGCUUCCCACUGUUAUAACUGAAAUUGGCGAUGACUCGUGUUGCAUGCAGGAUGAGAUCUUUGGUCCUGUAACAUGUGUCACACCAUUUGACACGGAGGAUGAAGUCAUUAAAAGGGCCAAUGGGGUCCAGUAUGGCCUGGCUGCCACUGUCUGGUCAAGCAACGUGGGACGGGUUCAUCGUGUGGCCAAGAGACUUCAGUCAGGGUUGGUUUGGACCAAUUGUUGGCUUAUCAGAGACCUCAAUUUGCCCUUUGGGGGCAUGAAAGCCUCUGGAAUAGGCAGAGAGGGAGCAAAGGAAUCUUAUGAUUUUUUCACAGAGGUGAAAACCAUUACCAUAAAACAUACUUAAAUGUAUUGAAAGAAAUACCUAGACCAUUCUCAGUAAAUAUAAUAUAAGCAAUAUCUGUGCUACAGCUUGAGUCCCUAUAUCAAGAGAAAGGUGGAAUAAAAUAAAGCAAAUAAGUAAAAACAAUGAAA